AUGAGUAGUGAAGUCAUUUUGUCGGUGUCUGGGAUGACCUGUGGAGCGUGCUCUGCGUCGAUCACCGAGGCAGUAUCUAAAAUCGAUGGGGUAUCUCAAGUUUCGGUAUCCCUUAUUACAGAAGAAGCCAAGGUCAAUUACGAUGAAUCCAAAGUCAGUGCUGGUCAGCUUAUAGAGGGAAUAGAAGAUUGCGGAUUUGAUGCUAAACUACUGCCGAAUCAUAUACAGAAGAAAGGAAUUCUCAAAAAUACUGCGCCCGAAACCUUGGUUACGACUUUUAAUAUUGAAGGCAUGACAUGUGGAGCAUGUAGUGCUUCAAUCACUGAAGGAGUCCAGGCUUUGGAUGGGGUCUUGGAGUGCUCAAUAUCGCUUCUUACGUCUAGUGGGUCUGUCAAGCAUGUAAGUUCACUUCUGGCAGAGUCAAUAAAGAAUACAAUUGAAGACUGUGGGUUUGACGCAAGUAUAGAGUCGUCCAGAAUAACAUCGAAAUCGACUCACCAGUACGUAACGUUAAUAUCGGUUGGCGGUAUGACUUGUGGUGCUUGCAGUUCGUCCAUCACCGAAGCGGUUCAAGCUAUGGAUGGUGUGUCCGAAGUAUCGGUUUCCCUAAUAACAGAAGAGGCUCUUAUCAAUCAUGAAGAAUCAGUGACCCCCGACUUAAUUAAACAAACCAUUGAAGACUGUGGGUUUGAUGCUAAUGUCAAAUCGUCGAACCCUAUAUCUAAUGACCUAAACUCUAAUAACGAUGAUGAUAAUGAAGAUGAAACAAGCUUACAGAUUUUCGGAAUUAAGGACGAUACCGAUUUGGUUCACCUACAAUAUAAUAUCGAAGCUGCUCUUAAUAGUCUCCCCGGUAUAGCUCACUUUUAUUUGGCUUUCAAAAACGACCAUUCAAGCAAUGGUUCGUCCUCUACUUCGGUUGGUAACUUAUCAACUCCUGAACAACCACUUUUCACCGAUUCAAACUCGAAUGGGAUUCAAGCUAUACGUCUGCGCGAUAAUCAUGAUUAUCUGGAAAAUGAAAAUUUAAUAGAUGAGUUAAGUGUUAUCUAUGAUACGCAAGCUUUGGGAGUACGUCUCUUGGUCGACACUUUAAAUAAUAUUGAUGAUGAUAUACUGUUUCUCAUUGUUAAUUCUGUUGACCAGUCUCUGGCUUCUCAAUUACGUUUACUUACUCGUAUUGCCGAUAUUAAGUAUUGGAAAAAUAAUCUCUUAAAAUGUAUUGGAUUUGGUAUUCCUACCUUAAUUCUCACCCAUACAGAAAAAAUGGAGUUUUGGAAACAUACCCUGUUAUUCCCAGGUUUCUUUUUAGUCACUUUAAUUGAAUUAAUCAUUACUACACAUGUCCAGUUCAAUUUAGGAUCAGUUUUCAUCAAAAAAUUUAUUCAAUUUAUCAAACUUGGAGGGAAAAACGCUACAAUGGAUGUCUUGGUUUGUAUAUCUACAAUGAUUUCAUAUAUGUUUUCUAUUUUGGCAAUUGGUUUAAAUGUUUGGUCUGGAAAUAAAGACGGCCCACCAACCGUGUUGUUUGACACUAGUGUUAUGUUGAUAACGUUCAUAUCUUUGGGUAAAUGGUUAGAAAACAAGGCCAAAGGUGCUACUUCUAAUGCCUUAUCCAAGUUACUUUCUUUAACUCCUACCAACUGUACUAUAGUAAGUAAUCUCGAAGAAUAUGAAACUUUUUUGAAAUCUAAACAGAUUAAUACUGAGAAGAAAUUGCCCCGUGAAGAGAAUAAUCUGUCUUCUUCAACUAUGACUGAUUUACAGACUAGGAAUAUUGGUAUAGAUUUAAUUCAAACGAAUGAUGUGGCUGUUGUUUUACCGGGUGGUAAAAUCCCUGCUGAUGGUGAAAUCGUUUUUGGUGAGUCUGAAAUUGAUGAAUCUUUAAUCACUGGUGAAUCAUUGCCUGUUUUCAAGCAACAAGGUGACCAUGUUAUUGGUGGCUCGAUAAAUGGGCCUGAUUUAAUCCAUAUCAGAGUAUUAAGGUCUGGUAGAAAAUCUCAACUUCAGCAAAUUAUUAAUUUGGUUCGUGAUUCUCAAGUUCAUAAAGCACCAGUUCAGAGAUUUGCCGACUAUAUCGCUGCUAGAUUUGUACCAUGUGUUUUGAUAUUAGCCACUAUUACAUUUGCUUUUUGGUUAUUUAUCUGUUAUAUUGCCCAUGUUCAAUCAAAUUUACCUUUAGCUUUCCAAAAAGAGCCUAAUGGAAAAUUUUUUGUGUGUUUGAAAUUAGCGAUAUCAGUCAUUGUUGUUGCUUGUCCCUGUGCUCUUGGGCUAGCCGCACCUACUGCCGUUAUGGUUGGUACUGGUGUUGGAGCUGCUCAUGGAGCAUUGAUUAAAGGUGGUGAUGUAUUGGAGAAGGCAAAUAAUAUAAAUGUUAUCCUUUUUGAUAAAACUGGUACUUUAACCACUGGAGAUAUGACUUUGGUCAAUCACAAAGUAAUACUACUGGAAAACUCUAAAUUAAACUGCGAGGAUUGGUGGAAUUUGCUGGGAUCUGUUGAAUGUAAUUCUGAGCAUCCAAUUGGCCGCGCUAUCACUAAAGAAGCAAGAGAUAAAUUGGGACUUUCAUUUGAAGAAGAUAAUUUCAAUUCCAUUAUAAGUGAUUUCAAAGUUUUGACAGGACUUGGAAUCAGGGCAAGUAUUCAAUUGUCAAAUAGAUCUGCUGAGCAUAAAGUUUUCAUUGGUAAUGACCGAAUGAUUAAUGAAAUGUUCAGUCAUUUGAAGCCAGUCUUACAAAAGUAUUUAAAUGACGAGUUAGACCAAUCAGUUAAUACUUUGGCCCAUGUAAUCAUUGACGGUGAGUACAGUGGGUUUUAUGAAUUUACUGAUUGCUUGAAGCCUAAUGCCAAACAAUUGAUUGAUUAUUUGACUAGUCAACAAAAUUAUAUAGUUGGGAUUGUUACUGGUGAUAAUAAGGGUGCAGCCAUUAAGAUUGGCCAUGAAUUAGGGAUCAAUGAAGGUAAUGUUUUCAGUGAAAUUUCACCAGUCAAUAAAGACAAAGUAAUCGUUGAUAUCAAGCGUCGUUUCGGUGGAGCAGCAUAUAAUGAAACUGGAGAUAAUUCCGUAUGUAACGUUGGGGUUGCAUUUGUUGGAGAUGGUAUUAAUGACGCACCAGCCUUAGCACAAGCUGACAUUGGUAUGGCCAUUAGUUCAGGAACUGAUAUUGCCAUUGAAUCUGCUGAUAUCGUAUUGAUUGGUCAAUCACAGAAAUCAGAAGUUGGUGAUUUAUAUGGAGUUCCAAUUGCAUUAGGGAUCAGUCAUGCUACAUUCCAAAGAAUUAAAAUAAAUUUUAUAUGGGCAGCAGUUUAUAAUUUGAUUAUGUUACCAUUUGCAAUGGGAUGUUUCCUACCAUUCAAUGUUAUGUUACCACCUAUAGCAGCCGGAGCUUCGAUGGCGAUGAGUUCAGUUAGUGUUGUUAUCAGUUCAUUAUUAUUAAAAAAUUGGAAACCACCCAAAGGUGGUUUGGGAGAUAAGUUCAUGGGGAAAAGAUCUCGUACUGGAAGAAUUUAUAAUGGAGUUAAGCGCAACUUUAACUUUUUCAAAAAAAAUGAAAGAAAGCUUCAUUUGAGAAAUGAGAGUGCCGACUUUGAACUAUUGCCAAACCAAUCACCCGAAGCCUCACCAUAG